AUGGCAGAGCAAUGGGAUCUGGACGAAGAGGGUCUCCGCCUCCUGGGGGCGCUGACCCUGGAGCUGCCGGAACUGGUGGAGUCUCUUUCAUUGCAGGGAUCUUAUGCUGGAAAAAUCCAUUCCAUUGGUGAUGCCUUUAGAAACUUUAAAAAUCUCCGAUCCUUAGAUUUAUCAAAGAAUUUGAUCACUAGCCUAAAGGGCAUCCAGUAUUUACAUUCUCUCCAAGACCUGAAUUAUAACAACAUUCCUUCAUUAGUGGAGGUGUCCCGCCUACAGCCCUUACCCUUCCUCAAAGAACUAGACUUAAGACUCAAUCCUAUUGUAAGGAAAGACACAGAUUAUAGGCUCUUUGCUGUGUACAUGCUGCAAACUCUGGAGAAACUGGAUGAUCGAACUGUCCGUGACAGUGAGAGGAAAGCUGCCAAGCUGCAUUUCAGUCAGCUCGGCAACAGUGAAAAGUUUCUUUUAGAGGUGGAAAAAAGCUCUAAGGAGAAGACAAUGAAAAACUGUGUGACAGACAAGGGCCCUGCAUCAAAAGUCAAUGCUGAGGUUGACACCAGGAUUGAAGCAGAUUCAAACAAAGGACUGUUUAUUCCCUUCCCCAGCCGGGAAAUAAAGGAUUCCCUAACCAGUACUUCUGCAACCCAGGGCAAUGGUACACCAGCUCAGAAAUUAGAUGUUUUCCCACUGGGAACACAGAUGCAGGAAGUGACAAGAAGGGAGAUGCCAAGUGACAACCACCAGGAUGAUGAAUUUAGGCACUGCUCGCCCCGUCAGUCCACAGUCCGAUCUCCAGAGAAGAUGACUAGAGAUGGAUACCGAGUAUCUUUUCUAGACAAUAAGUCUUCUGGUUCUUCUCCAGAAAAGGACAUGAUACCAAAACCUGAUGUGUAUCCACUUACCCAUGAUGUCUCACUGGGCAAAUGCUUGGCUGUGGGUGAUUCAAACCAGACCCUUCCCUACCAGCUACAUUCUGAUGUUGGUCUGGAACACUGUGAUAGUCAUUAUUCUCAAACUCUUUCCCUGCGUGGAAGUCUUGUCAAAAGGCCUCCAAAAAGCAAGAACUAUCGAGAAUACAGCAUAAAGCCUUCAAAUGACACAAAGGCCACCUCAUCUCUUUCUUGUGGAGACUUACUGACUUCUCUGUCAAACCCGGAGUCCAGCACAGGAAGGCUUUUGAAGCUUAGUUCAGAUCUGUAUGCCACAACCCAUUUCAACAGUGACCCUGUUCUGCUGGCCAACGUAGAGCAACAAUUAUCCAGCAACCUCAGUGAUUUUGCACCAGCACCUGGUUCUCUCCCAAACAACCCUAUCCUGGGAAACUCUGCGAGAACACUGCUGCUGCCUCCGGGGGCUUCCAAUAACAUGGAGAUUCCAACCAAGAGGUCAUUAAGCCCAUUGAGGAGAGGUUUCAAGCAGAAGGACAAUAUUCUUGCCAACCUAAAUCCAAAGCAUGGUUUCCAAGAUGCUCCAGGCCAUGAGCUUCUCUCUAGUGACCUGGGCAGUUUGCAUGGUUUGCCAGGAAACCAUAGUCCCCCAAUCUCUGCCAGAACCCCCCAUGUGGCCGCUGUCCUCAGCCACCUCCUGGAGCUGGUGGAUAAGCAUUGGAGUGGCUCUGGCUCCCUCCUCCUAAACAAGAAGUUUCUUGGUCCUGCCAGAGAUUUGCUCCUGUCUUUGGUCGUGCCUGCGCCUCCUCAGCAGCGGUGUUGCUGGCAGCCUGAGGACAAGGCAGCAAAAGCCUUCCGGUGGAGGGAGAAGGAACUGAAGGAGGCAGGGCAGCUGGUCCCUAACGACGUGGAAAGUUUGAAGCAAAAACUGGUUAGAGUGCUGGAGGAAAACCUCAUUUUGUCAGAAAAAAUUCAGCAGUUGGAGGAAGGUGCUGCCACCUCGAUUGUUAGUGGGCACCCAUCCCAUACACACGAUGAUCUUCUGCGCAAAAACCACCAGCUGACUGUGCAAGUGGCUUGCCUGAACCAGGAGCUCGCACAGCUGAAAAAACUGGAGGAGACAGUUGCUCUUCUCCAUGAAAGUCAGAGGUCCCUGGUGGUAACUAAUGAGUAUCUGCUGCAACAGCUGAAUAAAGAGCAGAAAGGUUAUUCCAGGAAGUCGCUCCUGCCUCCUGAGAGGAGUCCUCAUUUGGGGAGAUCAUCGCCCUUUGGGAAAAGCUCGCUGUCUUCCUCCUCACCAGUGACACACGACACCGGUCGGUAUCUAAUACAGAGUGUCUCCAAAGCUGCCCCUGAGCCUACAUGAAGCUAGCGCUGCUACCUCCAUCACCCAGGAGGGCUCUCGGUGCCCUUGCCAGUGUGGUGUGGUAGUGUCUACCCCCAGACAUUAAGAAAAAACAUUCUAAUUGCUUUCCUGUAUUGUCCCUCUUUUUAUUUUCCCACUUAGCU